CCAUCAAACCGAGCAGCGACGACGGGAAUCGGAAGGGAAGAAUAUCCUUCGACAGACUCGGCAAUCGGGCGAUGGACGGCGGUCCGGCGUCCGUCUCGUCGUGAAAUGGCGAUGCGCAUGAUGUCGUCGAAUCGUAGGAGCACAGCUGCAGCUGCUUCCGUCGCGGCCCGAGGCGGCGGGACGAUCGCGGGCGGCGUCGUUGCGUCGGCUCGGUCGUGAAAAAGACUUCAGCUUGCGUCGCGCACCGGCGCCGGCGCCGGCGGCCGCCUCGUUGCGGAGAACCGGUGGAGGGGAAAGGGAAAAUGGUGGUGCUGAUGAGGGUUUUGAGUCGGAGGUUGAGAGAGUCGAUCGGGCCGGCGGCACCUGCGCGGCCGCGGGCGGUGCAUUCCGUCGCGGAGGGUAAACGUGGCUCCCGGAUCAUCAUGUCGCCGCCGCUUGUUUCGCUUGAUCUCCCCGACGUGUGGGCUCCCAAUUUCGGCCAUUCUGGUCCGCCACUCAAUUACCAUCAAACCAAUGGGCAGACAGCUGCAAUGAUCGAUGGCAAGUUGAUUGCUGAGGGAAUCAGGUCAAGAAUAGCGAGUGAAGUUCGAAGGAUGAAGGACUCUAUUGAUAGGAUUCCAGGCUUGGCUGUAAUUAUGGUGGGACAGAGAAAGGAUUCUCAAACUUAUGUUAGAAACAAGAUGACAGCUUGUGAAGAAGCCGGAAUCAAGUCUGUACUAGCAGAGCUGCCUAACGAUUGUUCCGAAGAUGACGUUCUCAAGGCUUUGUUAAGUUUUGAAAAUGAUCCAUCAAUUCAUGGUAUUCUCGUGCAGCUGCCUCUACCAAAUCAUUUGAAUGAGGAGAGGAUUUUGAAUGUUCUAAGCCUAGAAAAAGAUGUUGAUGGCUUCCACCCCCUUAAUAUGGGCAAUCUUGCAAUGAGAGGAAGGGAGCCUCUGUUCAUCCCCUGCACUCCAAAAGGUUGCAUUGAGUUAUUGAUAAGAUCUGGUAUUGAGAUCAUGGGGAGAAAAGCCGUGGUUAUUGGGAGAAGCAACAUUGUUGGGUUGCCCACAUUCUUGCUGUUGCAGAGGCACCAUGCAACCGUGACUGUUGUGCACGCUUUCACAAAAAACCCUGAAGAGAUCACUCGGGAAGCUGACAUUGUGGUCACGGCCGCUGGAGUACCAAAUUUGGUCCGUGGCAGUUGGCUUAAACCGGGAGCUGUGGUUAUUGAUGUUGGAACUCAUCCAAUCGAGGAUCCAAACCACGAGCAUGGAUACCGUCUUCUGGGUGAUGUUUGCUAUGAGGAAGCUGUGCAGGUGGCCAGUGCUUUAACCCCUGUACCUGGAGGAGUGGGUCCCAUGACAAUAGCCAUGCUUCUGUCCAACACUCUGGAUGCCGCUAAGCGGGCAUAUGAUUUUUCUUGACUUAUAGGACACACGGAAAAUAUCUUUUUUAAUACUUGCCUGAUUUUUCAAUAGCUUUCCUAUGGCGGGUAGCUUUUUUGUUGGGUCAUAAUAGCUGUAUAUUUAAAGGUUAGGCAUGGCCGCAUCACUCGUUGUCAUCUUUCGAGGAAGGAGUAAAAAGAAUAGUUCAUGUAGGUUUUUAUCCGAC